AUGGGAUUUUUUGUUCGUGAUGUCCAUAACAACAUCACUAAACUUCAUGCUCAACAGUGCGUUGAACUUUCAUCCUCUAGCUCAUUUACUAUUUAUCGUGGUCAAGGGCUACCAAAAGCUGAUUUUGAUCAAUUGAUCAAGACGCAAGGUGGACUUUUAUCAUUUAAUAAUUUCUUAUCGGCUAGUACGAAGCGUACAGUAUCUCUCAACUUUGUUCGUCGAAUUGUCGAAACAUCCGAUUUCGUUGGUAUCGUAUUUGCUAUGAAUAUUGAUCCAUCCAUCGAGUCAACAUCAUUCGCUAACAUUAGUGAAGUUAGUUAUUUCAAACGAGAAGAAGAGUUUCUCUUCUCUAUGCAUUCCGUUUUUCGCAUUGGACCAAUGAAAGAAAUUGAUAGAAAUGAUCGUCUUUGGCAAGUUGACUUAACGUUGACUAGUGGCAAUGACUCAGAACUGCAUGCAAUUACUGAACAGAUACGCAAAGAGAUCUAUCCUGAAAAGAAAGGAUGGAAUCGUUUGGGUAACUUAUUCAUUCAAUUGGAACAGUUCAACAAAGCCCAAGAAUUAUAUGAUAUGCUGCUUGAACAAAAAAUGACUGAUCAUGAAAAAGCAUUAACAAGUCAUAUGCUCGCCAUAGUCAAGUAUCGUCAAGGUGAACAUGCUGAUGCUAUUGACUAUUAUCAAAAAUCUAUUGAGACUAUGAAGAAUAGUUUCUCUCCAGUAGACGCCGAUUUAGCUGAUUCUUACACUGGAAUAGGCAAUAGUUCAUUGGAUGUGGAUGUACCUGAUGAAAAGACUAAUACUGCACACUCACACUCUAGGCUACAAUCUAAAUCAGAUGAAGAACUUUAA